GGGGGGAGAAGGAGCUUGGUGGCGGCCCUUCUUUCUCUCGCCCUCACUGCCCGCCGUCCCAGCUCCAGGCACCAUGUUCCCGGCGUGGUCCCCCAGCCACCCCUUCCUCUGGCCCCCACUGCUGCAGAUGUUGCUGCUGCUCUCGCACGCUGUGGGGAGGGGGCUGGGCCGCGCCAGCCCGGCCGGGGGCCCCCUGGAAGACGUGGUCAUCGAGAGGUACCACAUCCCCAGGGCCUGUCCCAGGGAGGUGCAGAUGGGGGAUUUUGUGCGCUACCACUACAACGGCACUUUCCAGGAUGGCAAGAAGUUUGACUCGAGCUACGACCGCAGCACUCUGGCGGCCAUCGUGGUGGGUGUGGGGCGUCUCAUCACUGGCAUGGACCGAGGCCUCAUGGGCAUGUGCGUCAACGAGCGGCGGCGCCUCAUCGUGCCUCCCCACCUGGCCUAUGGCAGCAUCGGCUUGGCGGGGCUCAUCCCCCCGGACUCCACGCUGUACUUUGACGUGGUCCUGCUGGACGUGUGGAACAAGGCGGACACGGUGCAGGUGAGCACCCUGCUGCGCCCGCCCCUCUGCCCCCGCAUGGUCCAGGACGGGGACUUCGUCCGCUACCACUACAACGGCACACUGCUGGACGGCACCACCUUCGACACUAGCUACAGCAAAGGCGGCACUUACGACACGUACGUGGGCUCGGGCUGGCUGAUCAAGGGCAUGGACCAGGGGCUGCUGGGCACGUGUCCUGGAGAGAGAAGGAAGAUCACCAUCCCUCCGUUCCUGGCCUAUGGCGAGAAAGGCUACGGGACUGUGAUCCCCCCGCAGGCCUCCCUGGUCUUCCAUGUCCUACUGAUCGACCUCCACAACCCGAAGGACAUGGUCCAGCUGGAGACCCUGGAGCUACCGCCCGGCUGUGUCCGCAGAGCCGUGGCCGGCGACUUCAUGCGUUACCACUACAACGGCUCGCUGAUGGAUGGCACCCUCUUCGAUUCCAGCUACUCCCGAAACCACACGUACAACACCUACGUGGGGCAGGGUUACAUCAUCCCGGGAAUGGACCAGGGGCUGCAGGGCGUCUGCAUGGGGGAGCGCCGGAGGAUCACCAUCCCCCCGCACCUGGCCUACGGGGAGAACGGGACUGGAGACAAGAUCCCCGGCUCGGCCGUGCUGAUCUUCGACGUCCACGUCAUCGACUUCCACAACCCCGCGGAUCCCGUGGAAAUCAAGACCCUGUCGCGGCCCCCGGAGACCUGCAACGAGACCUCCAAAACCGGGGACUUCGUCCGCUACCACUACAACUGCUCCCUGCUGGACGGCACCAGGCUCUUCUCCUCGCACGACUAUGAGGCCCCCCAGGAGGCCACUCUUGGGGCCAAGAAGGUGAUCGAGGGCCUGGACACGGGCCUGCAGGGCAUGUGCGUGGGAGAGAGGCGGCAGCUUGUGGUGCCCCCGCACCUGGCCCACGGGGAGAGCGGAGCCCGGGGCGUCCCUGGCAGUGCCGUGCUGCUGUUUGAGGUGGAGCUGGUGUCCCGGGAGGAGGGACUGCCCGAGGGCUACCUGUUCGUGUGGCACGAGGACCCUCCCGCCAACCUGUUUGAAGACCUGGACCUCAAUAAAGACGGCGAGGUCCUCCCCGAGGAGUUCUCCGCCUUCAUCAAGGCUCAAGUCAGUGAGGGCAAAGGUCGCCUCCUGCCGGGGCAGGACUCGGAGAAAACCAUAGGCGACAUGUUCCAGAACCAGGACCGCAACCAGGACGGCAAGAUCACCGCUGAGGAGCUCAAGCUGAAGUCAGACGAGGACCAGGAGCUGGUUCACGAGGAGCUCUGAGGGCGGAGCUGGGGCCUGGGCCCAGACACCAGCGCCCACUCCUGGGGGACAGUGGGCGGGGGCGUUGACUUCCAGCGGUCACCCGCACUCUUCUGGGAUGAGGUCUGAGAGCGUCUGCAGGGCGGUCAGAGCGGACGACUCUGGUCUCCCUGCCAGCCCGACAAGGACAUCCACUGCACAGACCUCCUCCUUGGGUUUUGUCGUCCAGCCCACACCACCCAACCCACACCACGAGUUUCGGAGUCACACCCCCAAAAGGCUAAACUUUGGGAGUCACAAAGCCAACCUGGGGAUCCGUGGAGGUGUGGGUUGGACCAGGCCGUUGCUGACCCCUCCCCCGCAUGGCCACGUCACCACUGGGCUGGGCCGAGCUCAUCAUUUACUUCCCCAAACUUCCUUCUAUUUGUCCUUCUGCUCACCAUCCCCAGUCCUGCCUGCUCCCCUCUGUCACGGCGGCCCCAGAAGCAUGAAACUGGGCUGGCAGAACCCCCGCCCUCCCCCCAACUCAGCUCAGGCUGGUGCCACGGGAGGGGCGGCUCCAGGAGAGCGGCCCUGACACACUACGGUCCCCAUCCACCUGGCCCAUUCCCCCUCAUGCGGGGGUGCCCCCCCCCUCCCCGGGAGCUGCAGGUCCAGGCUGGUCUUCGUGUGACCUUCCAUCCAUCCCUAAGGAAGGCUGCCUUCGCUAAGGGAGGGAGGAAGAGGAGGGAAAUAAAAGAAGGGCAGCGAGGAAACCUCCGUAGCUGGGUCCUAGGGCUGCCAAAUGAAGUCCUUGUUCGCAGCCGAGAUAAACUCAGGAGGGCGCACUGGGGACUGUGGGGGGCAGAAGGGGGCAGGCAGAGUUUGCACCCCCAAAAGGCUAAACUGGUGUCGUCGGAUCCCCUUCUCCUUUGUGACAAAUAAAAGACUAAACCAGA